AUGGGAGUUUUCCAGUCACUUGGCCUUUCGCCAGCCAAGAAAGCAGGUGCAAAAGCUAUACGCCGUCUCUUUGGUCGAGUGAUGCCUGGCGAGGGUGAUAGCGUCACUGCCAGUGCCAGCGCAAGUGCCAGCGACACUGACCAAACUGGCAAGGGUAACGCCAGCAACGGAAGCAACCAUCGCCAGGAAAUUUCCAAAGAUAACAACGAGCCUCAGCAAAAAAGAAACCCCGACUCUGCAUCGUCGCCUACUGCCCCGAAAAGUCAAACAAAUACGACCACAACAGAUUAUCCCCAACAACAGGAAAAUCUUCAAACAGCCACGACACAUGCUGCUAAUAGCAGUAUGCAAUCUCUCCAGAAUCGACCUACCCAGUAUGGGGAUGCAGAUAAAGAGAACCAGCCCCCCGGCGUAUCUCAGCUGUCUGUGUCUCUUGCCCGCCUGGAGCUUCAAGAUGACAAAUCCAUCUCGACUUCUCCCAAGCCGUUCACACCGGUCAUCCCUUCCGCACCGAUAUUCACAGACCCUGCUGUGGUAGCUGAGCGAGCGAUGCACAUGAAGUUUACUGAAGCAGCCCUUGAUAUGGCACGGCUCGCUCUCCAAACCAACGAAACCCCUGUUGGAUGCGUUCUUGUUCACGAUGGACGGAUUAUUGCCCGGGGCAUGAAUGCGACUAAUGUCACUCGAAACGGCACUCGUCAUGCCGAGUUCAUGGCGCUCGGUGCUUUGCUAUCUUACCCCCCAAAGGACGGACCAAGAACGACGUAUCUGAAGCCCAAAGCUGAGAACCAGUCCGAGGCGGCUUCUGAGACAUCUUCCAUUGAUUCGGGACCUCCAGAUGAAGGCAAUGAGGAUGGAGCCAAGGGACAUCUUUACCCCUACGGACAAAAGUGCCAUCCUGAUGCGCGAGUAGACAGAUCGAUCAUCAGAGAAAGCAUCUUGUACGUCACGGUUGAGCCGUGUGUUAUGUGUGCUUCUCUAUUGCGCCAGCUCGGCAUUAAAAAGGUCUACUUCGGCGCUGUCAACGACAAGUUUGGCGGAACCGGUGGUGUCUUCAGCAUCCAUGCGAACUCCCUUCCCGUCAGUGCCGAUGGGCAGACUGCCAGUGCCCACCCCACCCCGAAACCUGCGCAGCUUCCAGACGGCAGUGGCACUUUGGGUGUCUCAUAUCCUCCAGGCGGGGGUGAUGGCGGAAACAUUGAACCUGGUUAUGAGAUUGAGGGUGGCUGGGGCCGUGAUGAAGCUGUUGGCCUACUCCGGCGCUUCUAUGUUCAGGAGAAUGGACGAGCCCCUGUACCUCGCAAGAAGGAAGGUCGCGCAGCUCGACUGGCCGCUAUGCUGGAAGGCGAGGGUAAUGAAGAAGAGACUCUAACCCCUGAUAAUACAACACCGGUGCCAGAGGCUGAUUGCGCCGAUCUCCCUACUUCCACAGAAACCGUCAAGGAACAGGCCGAGCCGCUGGCAGAUCGCACCAAUGUCUAG